AAACAUUCGUUAUGGACACCGUUAGGCGAGACAUCCAGGACAGGCAGCUCUGUUAACAGAGUAACCAUUUCAGCCAGAAGAAGUGACAUGUUUUUAGCAGUGUGCUUUAUGUUACUGUCUAACGUUGACUCCUCACCCAGGACUUUCAAGCACGUUGCUCCGAGAGUUGCGAGUAAAUUUUUUCUGAGGAUGAACACGAAGGUGGACGUAGUGCCAUAUACUGCCAUAUUCGCUUACGCCAGUGGAUUUCGACUCAACUGGGACAUUCGCCCCACUCCUUCAAGUUCUUUGUUUUACGUGUGGCAGCGGUCACAUGUUCACGAUUCCAUAUCCACAGUUUUAGAAAGAGCAGAGGAAAAUACAACAUGUCCAGCGGAACAUACUUGUCCGAUAUCGCUCCUCUCUCUCGCAUACCUGGUCUAUGGCAAGGAUCACCUGGUAGAAGAUUAUAAUAUAAUUACAUAAAUGCUCUGAUUCGUUUCACAUUGAAGAUCUGUUACAACAUUAAAAUAUAUUAAUAAUUACAAAGGACAUUAAUUGUAAAACAUGACUUUCCAACUAUCCAAUUAAAAAAACAAAACAGGAUAUGCC